AUGAAAUUAAUUUCUAUGCAAGGCCAUAGUGUUGAGCUAGAGCUGCAAAAGCAGGCCAUGAGCGCCGAUUCAUUAAAUGCAUUGGGACUGUCAGCUGGAAACGCGUUGUGCAGGUCUCCAAAAGUAACAUCUAGGCCUCUAAAGAUCUUAUUCAGCUACCCGACUCGGGAGCUAGCAAAGGACGCACUAGAGUUUUUUAACGGCUUCACGGUCAUUCUCCGGGGACAAAAGAUAACAUUUUCUGCUUCACAUUUGGCUUGUGUCAAUCACUCAGGAGAGAAUAGUGCAAACAGCCUUAAGUAUUCAAUUUUACUGACAGAAGAGCGUAACGUGUGUGCUAGUUGUUCAUGUGUUGAGCAGAAGCACGUUAGCAGAGCAAAUAUUCGGAGCAGAAGUCCCUCUACACAGCUUGCCUCAACACUAAGGUCUGAAUAUCAAUCAGAAUACCUGAUCCCUUCUCAAGGUGUACAACCAACUGUGACGCUCUCUGCGAAUCACGUUACCAGGGAAACUGCAGAAUUAAAUGACGCGACAUCUAAGGUAUCAGAGACUAACGCUAUGCUCACAAAUCGACUCUCUAGCUUAAACCUCUUCGCUCCCCUUUCAACCAAAUCACCAGACCUUACACACCUACAUGUUAAUAAUUCAGUUAGCAUUGCAGAGUCGUACUGUGCUCCAGACACAGAUACUAAGUAUCAUAUUGUGAUAUCUAACAUCCCAACGGACACAUUAUCACCAGAUAUUGUGAAGAUUUGUCGGAGUCAGGGGUUCUUCCCCCUUGAGGAGGCACCUGUUAUAUUUGAGGCCAAUUUGGAAACAAACAGCAAUCAGGUAUACAUGGUUCAAAGAUCCAUGACUGUCUCCUUCUCAGAUCUUGCCACAGCGAUGCUCUGUAAGGAUUUCCUUAAUCAAUAUGUUAUUGAUCAAGAUUCUGGUGUAAAACUCUUUGCAAAGCUGGUAGAUAAACUCUCCGAACAAAAAGUGCAUGCCACAGGGGUGUUGGUACGGCACAUACCUCGCAUAGUUCAGCAGGAUGUCUUUUUCAGUGCCAUGUCGUCGUUCGGUGGAAUUCUUAGCUGUAGGUUUGUCCGUGGAACACGCACAACCACUGGUUUUGGUGCUGUCAUUUUUGAGGCUAGCGUUGCUGCUAUUGCGGCUAAAAAGCAAGGCCUUACUAAGAUCAAGGAGUUCACGCUUCAGUACAUAGAGGCUAAACGCCUUACUAAGACCCAACAAGGGUCAUUGAUAAAAAGCCAAUCGUGCCGAAACGAGCUUCAGCAGCAGCCGGAUUCUGUAGCUACCGAUAAACCGCUAAAGAACAGCGUAAGCUUUGGGGCCGUGUCAUAUGCAGACCCCGCGGCUCCGCAGCCUCUUGUUAUGUCAUUGAGCAACAACAGUGAUGAUAGUACUACUGAUGUCAUACGUGCAGUUGUUGAAGCAAAUAAUAGAUUGAUAUUAUCUAGAAAAAAAGAGCCAAAAGUGUCCCACGCAGAAUCCGCGCAUCUCGAUCCUCAGAUCAGUAAGCUUGACCUGCUUUAUACAGCUAUACACAAUCACCACCUACCAGAAGAAUUCUUUAAGAAGUAUGACACACUUAUUCGUCAGGCCGGUGCAGAUGAUCGACUCCUUUCAUUUCUUCAUCAGAAUGCCAUCCUUCAUAGAGUAGUCGCAAGCCAUCGAGUGCACAGUAGUGUGGCCAAUCCAUCACUCAGCGAGUACCCAGCUUGCUUAGAUGGCGACGUGACUCAAGUCACCGAUAACACGCUUAGGCCUGAAAUUAACUGCACUAAUGGUAUUGAGCUUGAUGCACGGGAGCUCGAGCUAGAUAUUACUAGCGAACUUACCGCGACUACCGAUUCAUGA